UGCAGUAAUUCUAGCAGUUUCGAGCUGUAUAAGUGGUCCAGCAUCUUUUAAAAAAACGUGCACUGCCUCAAGUCUGAAAUGCCUCGUUAUUGUGCAGUAAAAUUAUGUAAAAACCGCGGAGGUAUCCCUUCGAAAGACAACAAGAAAAUUAGUUUCUACCCGUUUCCUUUGCGAGACGAAGCUCGACUUCAAAAAUGGGUUGAUAACAUGAAACGGGAGGAGUGGACCCCAAGUCGACAUCAAUAUUUGUGCAGUGACCAUUUCACGGAGGACUCUUUUGAUGUCCGAUGGGGGAUUCGAUACCUAAAGCACACUGCUGUUCCUACCAUAUUCCCUUUCCUAUAUGAUGAAAGUGACACGCCGUCCACACAGGAUGAUGUAAAUAAGCAUCAUAGUAAAAAGAAUGCAAAGCCAGAAGCAAGGACAUCUGAUGUCAGUGUGAAGCCCAUCAGACCAUCAUCACCACCUAAGAAAAGAGCCCUAAUUCUGAAAAAGCAUCACUCCGAAACGUAUAGACAAAAUGGGGACAACUCAUCAGAGAAGACCACCAAAGCCAUGCCUAAAGUGAGUGAGUCCGAGUUUCCCACUGUGCUACUCAUAAGAGAUCUGGACCCUGAUAGCCCAUCCUCCUGUGAAGCCCUGCAUGCCGCAGCUUCCCUACCAGGAGGACAAACUGCUGUUGAGUCUACUAGUCUACAGCCAGUAGAGGAGAGAAUACUGGUGACAUCCUGUGUGAGCGUGCUCAGUGAGGCCCAGCAUAGUCCUGACGCAGGUUCCACCAUGACCGUGCUAUGCACUGAAGCGCCUGCACCAUUCAGCUCGUCUGAAGCAGCACUAGAUGGAGUGCCCAUAACCGUGAGCCAGACAGUGAGUGCUCCUUUGGAGCAGGACAGUAAGCACAGCAGGGACUGCGUAGAGGACUGCAAUGCACAGGUCCCUGACUCUGAGCACAUUUUGCAGUACGAGCAUUCAUACUCCAGGCAAGACACUGAUAAGGGCCAACUGUGGAACAAGAUCGCCAGCCUCCACAUGAAGAUAAUGGAGCUGGAAAAGAGGGAGGAGGGCACAGUCGCAAAAAUUAACUCUCUGGAAACACUUAUUGCACAUCUGAAGAAGGAGAACAUUGUCUGUGAGGAAAAACAGAAAGCACUAGAGGACUAUUUUACAUCUGUCUUUCUCUGA